GGAGUAUUUGACUCUAAUUACAGAUAUUACGGGGCGGAACAGAAGCCUAACCACUUGCACUGCUGUGCCACUAUCACACCCUACUUUCGGCUGUCCAGCCCACCCCCGCUCUCUUCACCUGGCGCAGGUAUCAUGGCACGGAUUUGCCCAUUCGUCGAUAGGAGAGCACGGACGUCUAGCACCUCCAGAAGCAAUCCUAGCAAACACCAGCAAACAACACCUAGCAUCACAAAGUUGGGCAUGGAGGUUGUUUUUUCUUCUUCGUCGGAGCAAACUUCAGUAUCCAUUCCAUUUUGCCUACGCACCUGGCACCGGGGGGGCCCCGGACCCCGUGAGGCAUAGUUAAGGCUGAGACUGCGUCGUUACUAAACUGCUGCCAUAUAUAAUAAACCUUGCACAUCCUACUUACUCGUAGUUCUUCAUAGCGGUCGGAUCUGCUCCUUGUCCAGUUUUUUCCCUUUGAAUAUCUAGGAGCGAAAAUCGGGUUCUUGGCGGUACCGCACCCAACAUGAGGCUCCCGGUUGAGAUUGUGGACCAGAUAAUGGCAAAUCUUGUCGAGAAAAAGGACCUAGCUGCUGCGGCUCUGGUCAGUCGGUCUUGUCACAGGUCUGCGAUGCCGAUUUUAUACCGCGAUAUCGAGAUUGAAGACUUUCUCGACCACAACGAUACUCGAACAAUACCAACAAGUGGGGUCCAGAAACGUGCGGGCUUACCGCAAAUGAGUAGUAUGGUUUCUGCGCUCCAUGGUAACCCAUUUAUCUGCUCUUUUGUGUGCUCAAUUGGACAUCAGUUCUAUAUUACAGAUGCCCAUGUCUACUCUCUCCAACGGCAGCUCUGGGAGAUGGCUCUCAUAACUAUGAGAGUUCAGUUACAAGAGAUAAUCGACCGCAACGGAUUUUCUAGGGUUACCCAAUUGCGUCUAUUCAAUCCAGAUGUCGAGUUUGCAGAGAUCUUGUUGAAAGGUCUUCUCCCACAGAUAGAGGUUCUCCAUAUAGCAUCGUCGUUUGUUCGCUAUCUUCCAUUUGAUGGAAGCCUGCACUCAAACAUCAAAGAGCUACACGUGCAAUUCCUCUCGGAGUUGUUUCGGAUUCCGGGGCCAACCCCUUUUGGGGAUGCUUGGCAGGCCACUAGGGCAGAAUAUAACUCUGCCGACGAGAUCAUGCACUCCCGUUUCAAUAAUUUCCUUUCCAGUUCCCCAUCACUGCGGGCUCUUCGAAUUAGUGGCACCAAAGAACUCCACGCCAUUCUUACCGAUGUUGCACUUCCCUCUUUAGAUACUUUGGAGAUCGGGCCUCUCCAAAGUAUCUACCGGGUGAUAGACUUGACAGUAGCAGGUUUGUCAUCCUUUAUCGAUAGAAAUCCUAGCAUAUCCCGUCUCGCACUUCGUAACCUCCCUGCUGGAACGGGCGCUGUUCUCUCUAUAUCUUCCGAAUCUCGUUCUGGCAUCCGCCAGUUGAUCUCAUGUAUUGAUGAGAUCCCGGCCGAUUACUAUUCCUUUCUGGAUCAGUUUGAAGGGCUGGAUACCUUCAAAUUGCAGCGCGAUGUUGUAGUCUGUGGGAUGUUACAGGAUGAGCUCCUUGAAUUGGUAAAGCACCUCCAGCGUGACGGACCGGGUAUUAAGAAUCUCGCCCUUCCGAUGCCCUCUCAUAUCAGCGGGCGGACCCUUACAGAUAGCAAGCUGGAAAUGGCCAGAACUGCAUUAGAACAUUUUGGCCGGGCAUUCAAAGAAUAUUUGCCCUGUGUGGAAGUCUUCGGAAUUAGUCAAAUUGGGAGAUACGGUGAUCUCAAAGCUGUAUUUCACCCUACCCAUUUUAAGACUCCCUUCAGGGUUGCUGACACUGAACUCAAGGUAGAUUGGGCUCGUUCCUUUGCCGGCCAUCCCUUCCUGAGGCGACUUGCAAUUAAGACACCAUUCCUGCCGAAUUUGGGGGAGCCCUAUGUCGUCCGCAGGGAUGCAAUUGAUGACUUAGCAAAGGCCUUUUCGGAUUUACCGGCGCUGGAGAAGUUGGUAUUCUACGAGUGUGCUGAUAGACAAACCAUCGAAGUAGAGAUUCUUAGAGGAGAGACCACUAGUGGCAGGGAAAGGCCUGUGGACAGUGUAGAGGUGGAUGAAGAAUUUUUUGAUUCUUUUUUCCAGACCGGAUGGGAGAAAUCAUAG